AUGGCUUCCGACGCCAAGUCUCCUCGCAUGACCUACCGCUUCCUCGGCAACUCCGGGCUGCUGGUGUCCAAGCUCUCGCUCGGGAGCUGGAUGUACGCCAAGGAACAGUACACAGCCAAAGCCUGGUACGAGAUGAUGAAAGUUGCCUUCGAGCACGGCCGUGUACAGCGCUGGCACGCCCGAAGACACGCGCAUGGGACACUCACCUAUCGCGCGUACAUGCAGGGCUUUGGUGAGCGUGUUGCAAAGGCCGAGAAGCUCAAGUCUGUGGUCUCAAAGCUUGGGAUUUCGCUGGCGGAGAUCGCUCUCGCUUGGUGCGUGAGCAAUGAGAGCGUGUCGACGGUCAUGAUUGGAGCAAGUUCAAUCGCGCAACUGGAGCAAAACCUGAAGGCGCUGGGGGCGGUGGAGAAGAUCACCCUGGAAGUGAAGGCCGAGCUUGAUGCCCUGGUUCUUCCAUUUGUGGCCGAGAUGGCAAAGUCCGACGGAUUGGACAAGAUGCGCGGGAGAUACCUCUAG